ACGCGUCAUAAUUUUUUUUCCCUUCAACUUGUAAACACGUGUCCGUAGUGUUCCUGUCUGUGUUAACCAGGCCGUUUCAACAGCUCCGUCAUAAACUACUCAUCACAUCCUUAAAAUGGCAAAAAGCCUCCGGAGUAAAUGGAAGCGAAAGAUGCGGGCAGAGAAGAGAAAGAAAAACGCUCCCAAGGAGCUGGCCCGGCUGAAACAAGCUCUGAGUCUGGAUAAGAAAGGAGAUGAUGCCAUGGCCGAGGUGCAGGAGAUCGCCACCGUGGUGCCGGCGGAGAAGAUAAAGAAGAAGGUGGAUGUUGAGAUGGCUGAAGACGAGUGUGACGAUGACAGGAUGGACAUGGACAAGAAGCGCAACAAGAAAACUCUUUUGGAUGAACAUGGACAGUAUCCUGCAUGGAUGGGCCAGCGGCAGGCCAAGAAAAUGAAAGGCAAGCGUAUGGGAAAGAAAAGUGGCCAGGGCAAGAAGAAGAAGGGAAUUGCCUGGUAACACACGGGAAACCUGAGCAUCUUUGCUAAUCUCACAGACUUUGGACACGGAAACACAGAAUCAUGUUUCAUUUUAUACAUGAUGAGUGUGAAUCUCCUUCUCUCUUCAGUGGAUUGUAAGACAAACAAUUGCACCAGUGAGCAUAAAGGUUUGCAAAGGUUCACUGCAGGAAAUUGUUCACAAUCGCUGAAGAGCAGCUUUUGAUUUUUAGAACGAGCCUGAAGAAUGUACAACUUGUUUAAGGGUUCACAGUGGCUCAACACAUGUGUCCUCUACUCUCAAGUUAUAUCUUUCUGUACUCAGAUAAAAAUAUGAUUUCUAUUCCUA